AUCUCUACAAUAAUAAUAAUAAUAAUAGCAAUAAUAAUAAUAAUUAUAAUUAUAAUAAUAUUUAAAUAGAGUAUGACCAGAGUUUGUGUUUUCUCAUGGAUCUAGUGGAGCUUUAUCAACGCGACUUCCUGGACAUGAUGCCGAUUAGCACUCACUACCCCGCCUUCAUCAAGGCCGAGCCCGCCAGCCCCGCCUCCACGAUGCAGCACAGUCCCGAGGGAUCGUCGUCGGACAGCUACAGCUCCGUAACAAGGGCUGACUGCAGGGGCGUGGUCCUGCCGGUUGCGUAUCGUACCUCAGGGGCGGGGCUUAGGCCCGAUCGGGUUCCCGAGCUGCAGGAGAAGAGCGAGUUUGAUGUGAGCCCGGGGCCCAAGCGCCUGUGUUUGGUGUGUGGAGACGUGGCGUCGGGGUUCCAUUACGGCGUGGCGUCCUGCGAGGCCUGCAAAGCUUUCUUCAAACGCACAAUUCAAGGCAGUAUUGAAUACACGUGUCCAGCGAGCAGCGAGUGUGAGAUUACUAAGAGGAGGAGGAAAUCCUGCCAGGCCUGCCGCUUCACCAAGUGCAUCUCAGUGGGCAUGCUGCGAGAGGGUGUGCGUUUAGACAGAGUUCGGGGAGGUCGUCAGAAAUACAAACGCACCCUAGACUCCAACAGCAACUCUUACCUGAACAUGCAGUUACCGCACAAGAGAACACGUUCAGAGUUCUACGAUGUCGAGAACAAAGUGGUGUCUCAUCUGUUGGGGGCAGAGCCAGAAAAGGUAUACGCCAUGCCUGACCCCGCCCUUCCUGACGAUGACAUCAAAGCUCUGACAACGUUGUGUGAUCUUGCUGAUCGGGAGCUGGUGCUCAAUAUUGGCUGGGCCAAACACCUUCCAGGUUUCUCUGGUCUCUCUCUGCCAGACCAGAUGCGCCUCCUUCAGAGUGCCUGGAUGGAGAUCCUGAUCCUGCGUGUGGUCUUCCGUUCACUGGACGCUCAGGAGAGCCUGGUGUUCGCCGAGGAUUAUGUGAUGGAUGUUGAGCAGGCCAAGCGAAACGGCUUGCUCGAGCUGCAUGCGGCCAUACUGCACCUUGUCAGGAAGUACAGAGGCAUGGGCCUCGAGAGGGAGGAGUUUGUCACGCUCAAGGCCAUCGCACUCGCCAACUCAGAUUCGAUGCACAUCGAGGACAGCGAGGCAGUCCAGAGGCUGCAAGAUUGCUUGCACGAAGCACUGCAGGACUAUGAACGGCGUCACCACGGUGACGACUCGCGUAGGGCCGGCAAACUCAUCAUGACCCUCCCCUUACUCAGGCAGACCUCGGCCAAGGCUGUGCAGUACUUCUGCAGCAUUAAGCAAGACGGUCGCGUGCCCAUGCACAAACUCUUCUUGGAGCUCCUCGAGGCCAACACCCAGCCCUCUCCUUGACUGGACAGCAUCUCUGAGGUGACCCUGCCCCGUCCCCUGAGGAGGGAAUCAAAUGAGAACCGUGAAGAAUGUAACUAAAGAUUGAUGGUAGAGAAAAACAAAGGAGAGGAAAGAAGAUUGUAUAAAUGAUUGUAUAAGCAUAAAGUGAAUGAUUUAUUGAAGAAGCCAAAUGUAGGGUGUGAAACGCUGUGGUGUUGUCACUAAUUAAAUAAGAUGACUUUGUGGUUUAAUGGUUCUUUAAAAAAAUGAGAAGACGAAUGGACAAGACAUCGGACUUGCCAAAGAAAAGGGAAAUUCUUUACCAUGCUUGAAGGAAAACUUUACCAUGCUUGAAGAAAACUCAUAAAAAUGUAAAAAAAAAAAAAUUGUUCACAAUAAAGAUGCGUUAUUUAUGAGAAUGUAAUAAGUACUGACUGGAGAAGGGCAGACGUUGCUGCUAGUCAUUGUGUUUG